GCUAGCCUGAUCACAUGUAACCAACUAUGUAAAUGUAAAGAUUGGUUAAUACAUUGGAAAAUAUGCUCUGCAAGUCAAUGAAACGGUACUAGCACAAGACAAAACUACUGAGCAAUUAAGAUCAAUCUUUUUCUCCAAAGAGUCUUUCGGAUAGUAAAGAAAUGUGUGGGCAACACCCUCUAUUGUAAAACGACAACGCGGAAGUUGAUAUUCUGACGGAGAGAAAUAACAAGUAUAUUGUUAAGUAUAAAAUAAAACAAAAGAACAGUUUGUUAAGGCAAGCACGGAAGUAAAACAACUGACAUAGUAAACAAAGGAAAAUAAUAAUAAUAAAAGAGAUUAUGUCUUUUCGGCGGUUCUGUAGUUGGUGACUGACUAAAACGCGACUUCCGGUUUCCAUUGAUGGCAGACGUCACAGCAAUGUGAGACUAUAACCAUACACAAGACAUAUGUGUGUAUGUGUGUAAAAAUAUAUAUGUAUAUAUAUACAAUUAUACACACAUAUAUACACACAACAGAAUUGCAGCUUCUUUCCUACGAACAAACAUGAGUAACAUAAAAAUUGAAAAACUCUUCAAUUUUCAAAGGUUACCUGAAGGGCUAGCUUUAAUCCCAAUCAUUGUUUAUUUUCCUUUUGGUUUUCUUCUUGCUGUUGUCCGAUUCUUUAUUGGUUUGCAAACUCUUUUAGUAUCAUGCAUCUUACCAAAGUUUUCACCAGUGCGUAGCUUUAUUCUGCGUGUAAUGUGUGCAGUACUUGGUUUCAUAGUAAUUGUUGACGAACACAAACGAAGAGAUGAAAAAGCCAAAGUGAUUGUUACCAACCACGUUUCGUCGUUUGAUCACUUCACAACAGCUUUAGUCUAUCCCAGUCUGCUUCCUAGUGUGUGUGAACUUUUUCCUACCCUAGAAUGGAUCCUUGGCUGGAAAGAUUUUGGUUUCAAGCAAAACAAAGAAUCUUUUCUGAACAAUGUUAAAGGCUUUUGUAGUAGUUCCAAUAUUCCUUUAUUAGUUCAUCCUGAAGGAAGUUCUACUAAUGGACGUUAUGGCUUACUAAAAUUCUGCACCUGGCCAUUUUCACUUGACUUUCCAUUACAACCUAUGACUCUUCAUGUAUCUCGGCCAAAUAUUUUUCAAAUUGCAGUGACGACCUUAAACAGUCGAUGGUGGGAGGAUCUCUUCUGGUGUCUUUUUGUGCCAGUCACUUGGUUUACAAUCAGGUGUUUACCUGUGAUGGAAAAGCCUCUAUCUGUGUCUGCUGAAGAGUUUUCAGAAGAUGUUCGACAGAAAGUUGCUGCUGAUUUACAUUUAAUUGCUACAGAUUACACAACAGCAGAUAAGGCUGAACUACAGAAAAAAUAUCUCAAUAGCAAAUUUCAAGAUGAGAUCACUGAACAACACCAACAACAUAAAGACCAAGAUACUGACCUACUGCUGAAUAUGGAUGCAGAGAUGCGAAAGAUGGUUACCCAAGUACAGGAUGUGUUGCCUAAUGUAUCAAUUAAAGAAAUUACUAAAGUCUUAGCUCAAACAAAAGAUGUUGACACAACAAUAACCAAUAUUUUGGAAAAUCAAAGCACUUCAGAAAAUAGUAAACCUACUUCUGGUUCUUCACCUGAAAAUAUAUCCAAUGGAUACACGACAACAGAGGUAUUACCAGCUGCUGAUACACCAAAUGUCUACAAAUCUGUAGCAUUCUCAUCAUCAGGAAAAGUCCGGCAGCAGUCAUUAGAAGAACGUAAAAAUCAAAUGUUAUUUAAUGCCCGUCAGAGAUACCUUCGAAAGCAGAAACUUAAUUGAACAUUACUUGUAAGGGAUAGAGGAGACAAGUGUUUUGUUCCUUUCUCCUUUCUCCUCUCCACAUAGCUACAUCUUAUUCCUCACAUCCUACCCUUUUCCCCCCUUCCAUCUCUUUUUGCUUCUCCUUCUCAUUCUUCUCUUACCUUCCAUCCACACUUCUUUGAUGAUGCAUUCUAUUUUGUGGUUGUAUCCAUUUAGUUUGUCUCAAUCACCAUCAAUGAUUGUUUCCCUGGAAUCUUGCUAGCAAUAUUUUGAUUCUUUCAAAGAAAGUAUUUGAUCAAAUGUUGGAGGAAUUUGCCAAUGAAGUACACCCUUGCUACAAGUGAACUGGGCCUCUUUAGAAAUUUGGUAUAAAAGAGUAAGAGGUGGAGGUGUGUAUGUGUGCGUGUGUGAGAGAGAGAAAGAGCAUGCAAUCAUUUGCUUGCCUUCAGUUUUUAUGUUUUUAUUUUACAUCUUUUCAAUAUAUUUUGGUUUGGUUUAAUUUCAUGCAAAAAAUAAAUACUCUGGAUCCAAUUUUUGCUGUGAGUUUUUAACAGGUGUAAUCUCCUUGUUUAAAUAGCACGGCAUCAGGAUUCAGCAUCUACAAACAAAUCAAGAGCUGUACAAACACUUAUAUAUAUAUAUAUAUAUAUAUAUAUAUAUAUAUAUAUAUAUGUAUAAUCCUCUGUUAGUGUGCUUUACAUGCAUUUGUGUGCACUGCUGUGGAGUUUGGGAUUUGUUUUUGUUUUUUGUUUUUUUGUGGAUUUGAAGUUCUUACAGAGUGGAUUGUGUAUGGAUGUACACACACUAGGCAAAUUGAAGUUAAGAUAAUUCAAAACAUUUGAAACAUUUUGAUGUUUUUGCAGGUUUUUAUUAAUUUUUUCCCCCUUAUUUUUCUUUUUAGUUCCUAUUAAAGCUUUGGUUUUUCAGAAAUUUAAACUUUUAAAAAUUUAUUUGUGUGUGUGUGUGUAUAAAUAUAUACACAUGCAUAAAACUUUAUUACUCUGCAAACUCCUAUGGAAAUAUGGGAAGAAUAUGUGUAUAUUUACCUUGGUUAUAAAGAUUUCCAUAGUUGUUGACUGUUAUUAAAAGAAAAGAGAUGAUCCAGUGGAUUGGAAGCAAUAAUGGAUCAAAACACACUUGUUCUAAUGGAUUGGAGGCAAAUAUAUGAACCGACUAAUUAAAAUUCAAGACUUCUGGCAAUAAAAUAUUUUUUACUGAGUAA